AUGACGACCAUCUCAAGUCUGCCACGUACUCAGCGAGCUCUGAAGGUAGCGAAGUCCAAUACCUUUGAUCUCAUAACAAAUGCUCCUGUCCCUGCUUUCGACGACAAUGACACAGUCUUGAUCCGAGUCGUCCACGUUGCCAUCAACCCGGUGGAUGGCAAGGCGGCAGACCUGUCACCCACGCCUGGCGCGACCAGCGGAACUGACUUUGCCGGCAUCGUGGUCGCCUUACAGACAGAUGCACAUGACAAUACCGACAAAUCCCAAAGUACACUCAAGAUUGGCGACCGCGUGAUGGGUUUUGUAUUUGGCAACAACCCGCAGAUUCGCGACAAUGGCGCCUUUGCUGAAUAUGUCGCCGUGUCCAGGCGGUUUCUUUGGUGUGUGCCAACUCACAUGUCGCUGGAAGCGGCAGCCUCACUCCCGGUCGGAAUAGCUUCAGUUGGUCUGGCACUGCACUAUUUGCAUAUUUCGAUGCAGCUUUUGCGCGAGGAAGCUUUAAAAUCUGUUGCGGCUGCAUCAAAGUCUCGCGACCGUCACGGCACUUUCGACCGCUGUGACAAUAUCUUUGUCCUAGUAUAUGGAGGAGGCACGUCAACCGGCGCGAUUGCUAUCCAAGUCCUCAAAGCUAGCGGUUUUACUCCCAUCGCUUGUUGCUCAUUGGAAUCCGCCGGCCGAGCCAAGCACCUCGGCGCAGCCGCCACCUUCGACUACCAAUCAGCAACAUGUGGCAGAGACAUUCGCGAAUACACAAACGACUCCCUCACUUACGCCAUUGACUGUAUCAGCGAGUCUACCUCUAUGAGCCUAUGCUAUGAAGCUAUUGGAAGUACGGGCGGGCGCUACGUCUCGCUAGAUCCGUUUCCAAUCCGGGGCUGUGUCCGUCGCAGCAUUGUGCCAGCCUGGAUAUGUUCCUAUACGCAGUUUGGGCAGCCUAUCUCAUGGAACCCUCCCUACAAUUUGGAUGAGAGACCCGGCGAUUAUUCCAAGCAUGGCAAGGCUGUUCUUGUCCCGUCCGUCGGAGUGCACACAGCCAUGAUCAUGCCAGAGAGCGCCAUGAACUGGGCCAUGUCACAACCCGACGACACGCUCAGCAUCAUCCACGCCUUCUCCGAGUUGAACCAGACCAAGUAUAGCCUCGGCAACAGCCGAUACUGGAGCGACCCGUGGCAGCUCAGCCUUGUCAAGGCGCAUCUCAGCUCCAUCCUACCCAGUCUCAUUCCACAGCUCAACGAGGAGCUUGCCGACGCCCUUCCAAAGCACCUGGGGACUGAUACCGAGAACUGGAAGGAGAUUGAGCUCGAGCGCACGUUGAGAAAAGUAAUUUCACAAAUGUUGAGUCGAUUUAUUGUCGGUUCUGGACUAUGCCGCGACGAAACUUAUCUCGGCCUCGCGUACAAGGUCAUUUUGGGCAUGAUGACAACCAUCUGGGCCACCCUGCCAUAUCCCGAAUUCAUGCGCAGCAUCACUGGACCAAUUUCCAGUUGGCAUACACAGCGUAAUAUCUCCAGAAUUCAAGAGCUUCUAAAGCCCCUGUACAAUGAGCGGCUCUCCACCCUGCAAAACAAGGGUCGUUCCGACGGUGAGCAGCAGCCACAGGAUCUCUUGAUGAUGAUGAUGCGCUUUGCACAAAAAAAGAGACCCAACGAGCUCGCCAACCUCAGCAUCAUCACGCGGCGGGUAUGCGCGGCCAAUUUUGUCGCCAUGCACCAGUCCACCAUUGUCGCGACCAACAUCAUCCUCAACACUGUCGGCUCCGAUGCCGCGUUCAAUACAAUCGCCACGCUCCGCGACGAGAUCACAAACGUCCUCGGCGGCACAGACAGCGCGGGCUGGUCCAAAGAGCGCUUCUCGCAAAUGACCAAGACCGACAGCGUCGCACGCGAGUCGAUGCGCCUCAACUUUCCCCUGGGCACGCGCGGCUCCAUGCGCACCGUCAUGAAGGACGGCCUUCAGAGCCCCGAGGGCAUCCGGCUCCAAAAGGGAACCACCAUUUCCUGGCUGGCAUCGUGCGCCCAGGUAGAUGCGGACCGCUUUGAGGAGCCGCACAAGUUUGACCCGUUUCGUUUCUCGCGGCCACUCAAGGAAGGUGAGGGGCCUAAGGAUGCUUUUGUGACGACGUCGCCCCAGUACCUGCCUUUUGGCCACGGCAAACAUGCUUGUCCGGGCCGAUUCAUGGUCGAUGAUAUGUUUAAAAUGAUUUUGGCUCAUCUUUUGACGCACUAUGACCUCGCUUGGCCGGCUGAGUAUCAGGGCAAGCAGCCACCGAGUAUUUGGCAGGCAGAAUUGUCCGUGCCUCCGCCCAGAGCCCGGAUAUUAGUGAAGCGACGCAAGAUAUAG